AUGAAGAUACAAACUAAGGCCGCCGCUGUCUUAGAAAGGACGUCGCAUUACCUAAAGGCUGGAGUUUUACGGGAAAAACCCGCUUGGUUUGAUGUGGUAGGCUCGCAUCCUCCUCUGACAGAUUUGACAAAGAAGCCUAAACUUUUUGAAACUUCAGCACAGAAGGAAGAUCCAAGUUCAUCAUUAUUUGAAAAAAUAUCACAUAAUGGAACGUAUAAGACAAGAGCGGAUAGAUAUGACAAAAAGCAGAAAAAUAAUAGUGUUUCUAGAGUACCAAAGUUACAAUUUUUAGAAGAUCAACUUAGAGAUGUUUUCUACCACCAGCAUCCUUGGGAGUUUUCAAGGCCCAAGACAUUGAUAGAGAAUGAUGCUCUGGAAUACAGUAAAUGUGAUUGGUCUCACAUGUUACAGUUUUAUAAGCCGUUGGAUGGAGAGUCUGUAGUACAAAGAACGUUAUGGCUUCUUAAGGACUCAAAGGUUAGCGGAAAGGAUAUGAGUCUUUUCGAAGCUUAUGAUUUCGCUAGAUUCGAGUUUUAUAGGCACAGAAUGGAGGAAGAGAUUGGCAGUGCAGUCGCAAGGGAAGAAUCGACUAUGUAUGGAGCCAUUUAUCCAUCCACUUAUAUGGAUUGGGGUCUUAAACAAGAACAAAAGCACAUUGACGCGUGGACUAAGACUGCAGGAGAAAAAACAAGAAUCAAGCAUGCUAAUAGAGAUGGUAGAGCUGCUAGAGCCUCUAUGGGUUCUGACGAUGUCUCUGACAGUACUCAAUCAUUGUGGGAGACCACAUUUGAUAUUUCAGACGUCCCACAGGAUCCAGAAGUUGAAAAUUCCAAACAAUAA